UGCUUUUGGGUGUGGCUUUUGUUGGCACAAGGCGAUAUGCACUAUGGCGACCUCGCUUCACAUAUAUGCCAACCUAGUCUGGCGAGGAGGGUCCGAUGAGUCUCGGAUAAAGCGACUCGCAGCGUCAAAGCUAUUAACUGUGCCACACUAUAGACUUCCCCUUCAAGAGCUUUCUACCGUACUGGAGUCAAGCCUUGCCUCUGGCGUGCCUGGAGAGCUUGUUGCGGCCGAACAUCUUGUCUCUAUCUUAUCUGCAGAUCGCUGCUUUUCUUUUGGUGAAAUCACAGGCAAUGUGCUUGUGGAUGCAGCAGCACUCCUAGGUGCCGGCAAAGCUAGCUUAAAGGAGCUAAUUGAGCGAACAUGGUCCUGCGAUUCGCCAAGUUCAUGGGCCAAAAACAUGCUGG